CUGGUUUUCUCAUAUUGGGUCACAUAUAUAUAUACUGAGUAUUAUAAAACCCAUAAUAAUACUGAUUCAUACAACCAAUAAUACUGUGAUUAAUAAUACACAUACAUGUACAUAUAUUGUCACUCUGUUAGUCUCUCUCACUGAAUGCCUUUGGUGUAGGCAGUGGCCAAUAGACCAGCACACUUAAUAAUCCUAUUAUGCCAAACACACCAACCAAUACUAGUGAUGUAGCAACUAAGGGGGAGAGAGAUAAGGAAAUUAGGACAUGAUAUUGGAAUGUGUUUGUCUCUCUUCACAUUAGCAAUAAUCUCUGUACAUUGCAUCCUCAGUGAACAUGCAUCUGUUGUUGGCAAGGCUAUAAUGGGCAGUGUAAAUUAGUCAAUGUCUCUGUCUCACAUGAAACUCUCUAAACAGCUCAAGACUCAGGAGUCACGUGCUGCUGAAGCUUCAAAAGAAACUGAACAAGCUCUUCAAGAUAAGGCAGUCAUUGAGGAGGCACUGGAGCUGGAGAGAACUAGAAUGCAAAUACAACUAGCUCAGUUCACUAAACUCAUCAACUAUAGACACAACACACCUAGUGCAGCUAAGAAGAGGAGUAACCCCAAGAAGGGUUUAAAGUUAAGCCGUAAGAAACGUGAUCCAGAGAAGGAGAGAAGUGAAUGGAUGAUAUUAAAAGAUAUUGCAAAGAACUCUAAAGAUAAUAAAGGUAUAUACACUAAUGAUCAAUUGUAUAUGUAUAAAAAAUGUUUUUAA